AUGCCAUCUUUAACAUUGUCAACGAAUCAAUUUACACGUAACGCAUCAUGUCCAACACAAGAUACAUUAUCUUCAAGAACAAAUUCAUUAGUAAAUAAAAAAUAUAGUUCAUCAACAAAUACAUUACAUUAUUAUUUUAAUUCAAGAAAUAAUUCAUAUAUAUCUAUACGAGAUAAUAAUUCCAAUAUAAUUGAAAAAUUUAAAAUAAAUCUUAUGAAUUUAUUUAAAACAAAUUCAAAUGAUAAAGAUUAUAAACAAAAUGAACUUCAACAAUCAACAUUUAUAUAUGAUCCUGAAAUUGAUUUACGUGAAGAACAUAUUACAUUAAUAUCAAAACAUUUAUUAACAACAUUACGUGAAAGUAAAAUAAAACAUUUAUCAUGUAAUAAUUUAUUUCUUCCAUGUAAUCAUAUUCGAAAUAUUGCUCAACAAUGUUUAAUUAUGUCAGCUGAAGAACCAUUUGGUAUUAUGGGUGCACAAAUAAAAAUAAAAUUAACAUUAUUAUCAUCAAAUAUGAAAUCAACAAUAGUAAAAUAUUUACCAAUAAUAAGAAUAAAUUCAAAACAAAAAACAAUAUUUGAAAUUGAAAUUGAUUUACAUGAAGAUACAAAAGUAUUUACAUUAAGAAGAUUUUUACCUGAUAUUAAAUUAUUUAAACAAUUUAAAGAAAAAAGUUCAUUAUAUGUAAGUCCCCGGUGUUUACUUGUUAAAAAUGUUUUUUAUAAAACAGCUGAACCAAAACGGGCUAUUGUGGAUACAUAA